GAGCGUGAAAGAAUGCGGGAGAAGGUUUUCCGUUGGAAUAUACGUUGCACAUUUAUGGCGAUUCUGAGUGUGCGGGCAGACUUCUGCCAGGCUCAGCACAGCGUUUUCGCUGACAAGUGAGCUUGGGGGAUAUAUGUGCCAUAAUUAACAUUGCCUUGAAGACUCUGGACACCGAGACUGGCCUCAGAAGUAGUAGGCUUUUUUUUUUUUUUUUUUUUUUUAAUUGCAAGCAUAUUUCUUUUAAUGACUCCAGUAAAAUUAAGCAUCAAGUAAACAAAAGUGGAAAAGAACCUACACUUUUAACUUGUCUCACUAGUGCCUAAAUGUAGUUUAAAGGCUGCUUAAAUUUUGUAUGUAGUUGGAUUUUUUGGAGGCUGAAGGUAUCCAUCUGCAGACAUUGAGACCCAAGCUGAAUUUGGAUUCAAGUGGAUUCUGAAUACUUCUGCCUGUGUUGAAGAGAGAAGCUUCAUAAGGAGUAAACAAGUUGAAUAGAGAAAAUAGUGAUCAAUAAUAGGCAUUUUAGUGGUCUUUUUAAUGUUUUCUGCUGAGAAACAUUUCAAGAUUUAUUGACCGCCCCACCCCCCAUUUUCCCCUCCACACUCACACACGCACGCUCACACUUUUUAUUUGCCAUAAUGAACCGUCCAGCCCCUGUGGAAAUCUCUUAUGAGAACAUGCGUUUUCUGAUAACUCACAACCCUACCAAUGCUACUCUCAACAAGUUCACAGAGGAACUUAAGAAGUAUGGAGUGACAACUUUGGUUCGAGUUUGUGAUGCUACAUAUGAUAAAGCUCCAGUUGAAAAAGAAGGAAUCCACGUUCUAGAUUGGCCGUUUGAUGAUGGAGCUCCACCCCCUAAUCAAAUAGUAGAUGAUUGGCUAAACCUGUUAAAAACCAAAUUUCGUGAAGAGCCAGGUUGCUGUGUUGCAGUGCAUUGUGUGGCAGGAUUGGGAAGGGCUCCUGUGCUGGUUGCACUUGCGUUGAUUGAAUGUGGAAUGAAGUAUGAAGAUGCUGUUCAGUUUAUAAGACAAAAAAGAAGGGGAGCAUUCAAUUCCAAACAGCUGCUUUACUUGGAGAAAUACCGACCUAAGAUACGAUUACGAUUCAGAGAUACCAAUGGGCAUUGCUGUGUUCAGUAGAAGUAGAGAAAUGCUGACUGGAUCGUGGCGUAAGAAGGAACUCUUGGUACCUGGAAAUGUGAAUCUGGAAUCUUACCUGUGUCAUCAAAGUAGUGAUGGAUUCAGUACUCCUCAACUCCUAAUGAUUGAGAAGAGAGCAAACGAUAAAGAAAUCCCUCUAUAACACGAAUAAAAUGUUUAAGAAAAGAAAAAAGAAAGGAAAAGGGAUUAAUUUAGUGAAAGAUGAUUUUGCUCCUAGUUUCGGAGUUUUGAUUUCUGCCAGGAUUGAAUUAUUUCAAAAUAUCCUGUGUUUUUAAAACUGUUUUCAAAAUAGAUGUCUGAGGAAAACCAGCAGAAUAUUAACCAGUGUGGAGCCAGUUGUUGGGGAGAACACACUUCCAUUAUGCUUGGCACAUAGGUCUCCUUGUGGUGGGAUUUGGAGGAGGUAGAUUUUCCCCAUCUUCUCUCUUUCUUCCUGCGCCCCCCCCCCAAUACAUGUAGAUGGAGUAGAAAGAAGAAGCCCUUGUUGCAGUAGAUGUGCGUGUGUCUGACAGCCUUAAGCCCACCUGGGCACUUUUAGGAAAACAAUAAAAAACACCAAAAAAAAAAAAAAAAAAAAAAAAAAAAAAAAAAAAAAAACACGUUGUAUGAUCUAGGUGAUUUUUAGUCUAUUGAUGGUGGGUGUUCACCUUAGUUUUCUUUUCCUCACAGCCUUGGCCUGAUGUUAGGUGUGAAAGGUAGCCAGGAGCCUUUUGUUUUGGUAAAUAGAUAGGAAAUGACAUCGUAAAGAGGGUCUGUCUCCUGGAACUUAGCUGAGAGUAGAAUCCUUUUUCCCAACAGUGGAACAAGUGGGCAUCCCAGAAACUAUUGAAGAGAGGACUUACAGGCCAUCAAUAGUGUGUCUAGGAGAGUUAACAUAUUUCCACAACUGUAGAAUUGUGGGCUGUUGAUUUGCUAUCUGACAGUGUCAUGGAAAAGCAAUAUCUUAACAUUUUAGGACUGAUUUCAGAAAUAGAAGAGCAACAGAAUAUUCACAGUAUUUUGGUCUUGAGAAAUGUCUGUGGUGGUGAUUUUCCAAAUUACUCUCUGUAUGUUAGUGUAGCCACCUUUACCAUGUUAUUCUUCUGAGAUUAAAAAGGAAAAAAAAAUCAUUGUCAAAAUCAGCAAUGUCUAGUGAGUGUGUAUGCACAGGCUGUAACAGGCAAUGGCAAGCAAUAAAGUGAUUAGCAAAGGGGA